UGGCGGAUGAGCAAAGCAACGGCUAACUCAACCCUACACUGUAAACCGGGAAAGACAACUUGAGAAGCGGGUAGCCGGUUAAACUGACUCUUAGGAAAACGUAUCCGUGCUCAGUCAACAAGAAAAGGGAUUUAAUACUACUGAAAGCCGAGCUGCGUUAGAGGACAAGCGAGGCGGAGAACAUGCCACCGUAUCUCUUGGGAAGGUGACAUAGGAAAGAAGCUGCUAUCGGAGAACUUGCCGCUGGACGUCGUCACUAAAGCAGGUGAACAUCUGCAAUGUGGAGCCGCAAGCGGAGUGAGGCCCCCCUGGCCGCUCCUGCGCCACCUGCUGGACUCAGUGCUGGGAGAGAGCUGUCAGCUGCAUGGACAAGUCUGAAUCAGACCAAAGCUGCUUUACGGCACAUUGAGAACCGCCUGGAGGCUGUUCCCGGCACUGGGGUGUUGCUGGACUCUGUCAUGGAUACCAAGAAGACCUCGAGUGGGUCCACCAGGAAAGUGAGCCGCAGAGAGGGGCGGCACAUGGAGGACACCUCGCUCACAGGCUCGGCCUCUAAGUCGGGGUCACGGAGUCGCCGUAGCCCAGACAAGAGUUCCCGCAGUCCCCUGAGGACCACCACGCUGGACAGCAACGUCGGGAGGGCCAACUGCGUGGACUUCAGGGACCCGCUGGCUUCCUACCGGGAGAUGACCCCACCACCCCUUACAUCCUCCCAGCUGGAGGCCCAAAGCCUGCUAUCACAGGUGCCCUGCUCCUCUCACGAGGACGCCCGUCUGAGCCAGCUGGUGUACCAGCGCGACACGCGGGACCAGCAGACCCGUGACCUGGACAGCACCCGCUCCUCGGCGCUGGACAGCACGGUGGUGCGCUACCUCAACGACCGGCCCGUUCUGGAUGCCCUGCGUAGGCUAGACGACCCCGCCGGAGCCGGCUGUCUCGACAGGGACGGGACGGACGGCAGAGGCAAGCCCCCCGCCCCGGAGGCGUCCCUGGUGGCCGAGACCACCCAGUCCUCCAGCCCCGGCUCGACCUCCCAGCGCCUGGAGAACCUGAGGCGGAGGCAGCCCGACGACAAGCUGGAGAAGCUUAAAGAGAGGAUCCGCCGGCAGCGCGAGCACCUGGAAGAGGCGGCCGAGAGGGACAAGCUGCUGGGAUACCUGCAGCAGCCGGUGGGCCUGGGCGGCGGCACCACUGAGACCACCACGGCGGCGCCCACCGCCAAAGUGCGCAAAGUGGCCGCCGCGCCUCCUGCGCCAAUUUACAAAGGUUUCAACCCCAGUGAGACGAAGAUCCGCACCCCAGAUGGGAAGGUGUGGCGCGAAGAGGAGUUCCAGAACCUGAGCAGAGACAUGUACAGAGACCUGUCACUGCAGCUGGCCGAACAUGCAAAGAGCAAGCGGAGACCUGCCGAGAAGGGGAAGGAGAAGAAGCCCCCCAAGCCCGUGAGGAAAGUGCACAAGUCUGUGCCGCUCCCCGCUCCUGACAGCAGGCCAGUUGCUCCGGUGACCAGCACAUCCUCCUGGUGGGAGGGGCAGAAGCCGGCGAGGGCCGCUUCGCGUCCGGCGCAGCGCCCUCCCCGUGAGCCGAGGGCGGAGUCCGCAGACAGAGCCACCAGGACAGGGCCGCCUCGAGCGAACUCUGAACCCCGUCUGGGUUCGAGCCGGCAGUCGAGAGCAAGCAGCACGGAGAGGCCCCGCAGCUGCGCCCAGUCCGAGGACCAGACCAGGGCCGCCCAGCCGACGCCGGUGUCUGCGGGCCCUGAGGAGAGCGAAGGGAAGGCCCUCAACACAGACAUACUGUCGGCGGAUAUCCGGGGCAUCCUGGACGACCUUCAGCUGGAAGGAGGGGGAGAAGGCCAGGGGCCGGAGGAGACUCACCCGGGAGGCGGUAAACCCGCGGGCCCGGGGGCGAGAGCGAGGCCCAGGGCGGCGACGGGCGCCCCCUCCCGCGUCUCCCGCAGCGCCAGCCCGGCCAAGAGCAGGCAGGAGCCCGUCGAGGCGGCGCCCAAGAAGCGGCACUACGACGCGGAGUCCGUGCGGCAGUACAUCGCCCGGCAGCAAGAGGAGCGCAAGAGGAAGCAGCAGGAGGAACGCCGGGCGCAGAGGGAGGAGGCGGAGCGCAGGAGCAAGCGCCUGCAGGAGCUCUACAGAAAGCAACGGGAAGGCAUGGCGAAGGGGCAGGUGGCCAGCGAGGGCCCCGCGCAGAAGCGUCUCCAGGAAACCUACACCAAGCUGUUCCUGGAGCAGGCCAGGCUGGGGGAGGAGCUCCCUCAAGCACUGCCCACCACUGAAAGCCUCCAGCCGAAGCCCGUGUACCAGCCAUCGGGAGAGUCGGAUAAGGAGAACAAGAGGCUGGAUCGGCCCCAGAGCGCUUCCUCCAGCAGUGACCUCUCCCUGUCUGAACCACAGGCAGGACUGCUGACCAGGAAUGAGCUUGGGCGAGUAGGACAGAACUGGAUGCAGCCAGACCGCCUGAGUCCUGCUGGAAGAGCAGUCGGCUCUUUGGUGCCACCCACUGGCCACCUGUUCACCCAGCUGCUGGGGUUGGAGCCUGGGAUAUCUGGCCUAAAGAGAGAGAGCCAAGCACCGGUCCUGAUGGGAGGAGCAAACAAGAACAAGAUGAACCGCAUCGAGGCUCUCAAAGCCACUGCGGCCUCCCUGUCCAGCCGCAUCGAGAGCGAAGCGAGAAAACUGGCCGGAGCUGGAAUCAACUACGACUGCGCCAGGGACGCCGGCGACGUGGUCACGGGCCUCCCUGCUCAGCCGCACGACGACGGCCGCUGGGCAAAGCCGGUUAGCCCUCCCGUCCACGAAGGCUCGGAGCCGGACGACAUAGCGCUUAGGAUCCAGAGGCUCCUCAGUGCUGGCCACACCACGUACAAUGGUGUUCUCCCCGGAGUGGGCAACCUGCACAGCUUCAGGGGCCUGAAAGACAGAGGAGCAGAGGAGGGGAGGGCGCACACGGCCCCUGCGUCCGCUGGCCUCGGGUUCCGGAAUUACUCAGAGGAGCGUCAGGGGGCCAGGGCGAACGUGUCUGAGGCAGGGAAGAACGUGAGCGUCCAUGACUCCAGCAGGGACUCCUCUAUCAGCGAGGGGCCUCUGCUGAGUGAAGGCAGCCUGUCAGAGGGUGAUGGCAGUCCCCAGGCCAGCACCAAGGGCCUCCCCAAACCGGCCGCACACCUCAGGGCUCCAGACUUCUGCGCAGGGGAGCAGGACACCUUCCGUCACAUCGCUCACUUCCAGAAAGAGGCGGAAAAGUACCCAGCUUUGAGCUCCGUUUCUCAGACCCUGGACAGCCGGAGCCCCUGGGAGGAGCUUGCCAAGGGAAGCCCUCACAGCGUCAUCAACAUCUUUACCAAGAAUCUCAACAACUACAGCAAAGUGAUGGAGGAGAAGAUGGAGAGGAGCUCUCCAGCCCUGCGCUCUGCCCAGCUGGCCAGCCCCAUGGACGUGGCCGCCUAUGAGGAUGACUUUGUCUCUUCUAGCAGCAACGGUGGCAGCAGGCAGUCUGUCAGCAGAGGACUUGCUGGGAUCAGCCUGGUGAACGGUCUGAACGACGAGCUUGCGAGUCGGAGGUCUCCCUACGACAUCAGAGCCGGAGACCUGCCAUCCCUCCAUUCCUCAGGCUCCACGCCUGUGUCCUCUCCCCGCUCGGCUGGCUCAGUGCAGAAGAGAGCCAGCGAAGCUUCAGCAGACAGUCUGGACCGUACACUGGUGGACAGGCAGAGGAGCCCCCCCUCGCAGGCCUCAGAGCCCCUGUCCCGAGACUCCCAGAGAGAUGGGACCCUGAAAAGCUCAUCCCACAGCCUGGUGCAGGGGGCAGACGCAGACAGCCCUCUGAGAGCCCUCUCAGCACAAUCCCCUCUCAGCUUGGUUUCAGAUGGCAGGAAGUCUCCCAGGAGCCCGGCGCUGUCUCCAUCGAGGUCUCCAACAGGCUCGGGGUGUCAGAAGGCCUCUGUCCCAGCUGGGGAGCCGUCACCUGCGGAGUGCCUGAGAACUGCCUCCUCGCACCCGUCCGCCCUUCCCAGCUCCGCCUCCUCCUCCUCCUCAGCCAGGGCCAGGCCUGCCGCUGCCUCCAGUGCCUUCACCAGGCUCGGGGCUGCAGGAAGCUCGGAACCCAAACUCACGGGUGAGCUGCACUACGCCCCCAGCGCGCUGCAGCAGCGCAUGGCUGCCGAGCUCAGCUACCUGGACGCCAUGGAGGAGUCAGUGCGGCAGCUGGCUGACGUGGAGCGACUGCGCGGCGUGUCCUUAGCCCAGCAGGAGAGCGUGUCCCUCGCCCAGAUACUCAAGUCGCAGCAGCAGAGACAUGAGCGUGACCUGUUCCUGCUGAAGCAGAAGGCAGAGCAGGAGGCCCUGGAGACCAAGCGGCAGCUGGAGGAGACCCGGCAGCAAGCGGCACGGGCCCACGCCGAGCUGCAGGGGAACAUGGUGCAGUCGAAGCAGGAGGCUCUGGGAGGCCUGCAGGACGCCGCCAGCAGGAUGCUCAGCCAGCAGGCCGAGGCCGUGCGCUACACCACCGACGCCGCCCGGCACAUCAAAGAGAUGACAGAGCUGGCACGUUCCCAGAUCGCAGGGGCUUUGAGUGUGCCGGCCGCCCCCAUCACCACGCUGUAUGACCAGCAGCGGCAGCAGCACCAAAGCUUCAUGAAGCAGCUCCACUCCUCUGCUGACACUGACAGCAGGAAGAUUGAGGGUUCUGUGAGGAGUGAGGAGCCCCUCUCUUCGCUCGGCAGCCCCUCUGAGUCGUCUGCUUCCCGGGGAGCCGCUGUCAGCCACAGCAACAGCAGCAUCCACACGAGAUCAUCCUUGCCUUCACUGGAGCAGAAAGAUGGCGGCGCCCCAGUCAGGAAGGAUAAGAGCAGCAGCUCGGUGGCGGAGGAGGCCCACACCGCAGCGGACGACUCUGCGCGCAGCGGCAGCAUUCCCUCUCUGCUGGACGAGAAAGACAACACCUCGAUCGCCACAGAUUACUCCCUGAAGUUCGAUGAGUCGAUGACGGAGGAUGAGAUAGAGGAGCGUUCAUUUCGCUCGCUGCUGCCCUCCGAGGCGCAUCUGCGCUCCACGCUGAAGGGCAGCUCCCACGAAGACUCCGAGGAAGAGCGCGGCCAAGAGAAGUCCAGCGUGCCCGAGGCUGCGAAGCAGCAGGAGGGCAGCAUGUCAUUCUCCGGCGGACAGCACAGCUUCUCCAGGUUCACCAUGGACAUGGUGCGGCAGUACAUGAAGGAGGAGGAGGUGCGGGCCCAGCAUCAGAGCUCCCUGCUUCGGCUGCGCGAGAAGGCCCUAAAGGAGAAGACCAAAGCGGAGCUCGCCUGGCUGGAGCAUCAGAAGAGGCGCCUCAGAGACAAGGGCGAGGAUGACAAGAUGCCACCCAUCCGCAAAAAGCAAAGGGGCUUGCUGCUGAGACUUCAGCAGGAGCAGGCGGAGAUCAAGCGGCUGCAGGAGGCCAACAGGGCGGCACGCAAGGAGAGGCUGCUGCUCCUCAAACAGCAGGAGGAGAUCGAGAGGAUGCGGCACACCACCCUCAAGCUGAAGGAGCGACUCAAGAGUGCCGGGGAAACCAACCUGGAGCCGCCAGUCUCAGAGCCUGCAGAAGAGGCAGCUGUGCCCAGCUCCACCCUGACAGACCUGGACACGCCCAGCCCCUCCCCCAUGUCGGUGUCGGGCAGCGAGACCAGCAGCAUCAUGGAGAAGCUGAAGAAGAUGCGCUGCCACAUGGAUGAGAAACACUGCUCUCCUGUCCAUUACUUCUUCUCUGUCUUUACGGCUCAUCACUGGGCCUCUCUCAGUGUCUGUUUCCCCAACCUCCAUCCCAAAUUCCAGCUGUUUAUCUACAACCAGUUGGUCAGGUUCCUGACUAAGAGGGAGCAGCAGCUCAUGCAGCGGCGGCGCCAUGCGGAGGAGCUUCUGGAGUGGAAGCAGCGGCUGGAUGCGGAGGAGGCGGAGGUGCGGCGCAUGGAGAAGCAGGCCCUGGCCGCAUGGGACGGGGAGCGCCAUCGCGACAAGCCCCACCGGAGCGAGAGCUCCAACGCCAACGCCAACGCCACCCCCAGCGCCAGUAUCCCUGAAGACAGAAUGGAGAGAGAGCUGAGAAGCAAGAGUGAUUACUCCCCAGUGGCCACAGUCUCCAGUCAGCACAGUGAGUCCUCUGUGCCUGAAGAGCUGGGCAGCCCCUCCACAGACCACCCUAUUUCUGAGCUGCCCUCACCUCACAAGGACACCAGCCAGCAGGAAGACACAAUCUACACCCAGGAGUUUGAUUCCUCCUCAGAAAUCAAGCAGUCUCCUUCACCUAAAGCCAGCCUCAGCACUUCCAGGCACCCGGAGAGCAGCAGGGGCGGAGGCAGCAGCGGCGGCAGCAAGCUGCAGCUCCGGUCGUCCGCCAGGUUGACUGAACCCUGGUCCAGUGAGGCCCGCUCAGUUUCACAGUCCGAACCCACAUCUGAUCAGAGCGACAUCGAGAGCCGAAUCCACGCCCUCAAAGAGGAGCUUCGCAAACGCAAGUCCAUCGUCUACCAGCUGAAGAAGGAGCAGAAGAAGAGGCAAAAGGAGCGUCUCAAAGCCCAGGAAGCCAGCUUACUGAAGCAGCUGGAGUCCUAUAAUGACUUCAUUCAGAAGACCAAGGCUGAGCUGAGUAAAGAACCAGACACCACACCCACAACUAAACCCCAGAUUAAAACACCAACUUCAGCCACAGAAAAGCCCAAGAUCAAACCACCACCUCUACAGAGGCCGGAAACUAGCAAAAACUGGAGGAUAGCCACUGAAACGGACAAAGGCGAGAAAGGCGUCCAGCCAGAUUCACCUAUUGAACAUGUUUCAGGUGAUGUCAUACAGUCUGGAUACAGUCAGGUCUCCUCGUUGCGUGAAGAGGGGUCCUCUGAUGAGGAUCCCCCCACAGUCACACCAACCCCUGUCCAAGGAAGUCCAGAGCACAACAGUGGUUUGAAGAGUCUGAUGUCACCGGAGCUUCUGCCUGGGUACCUCUCCAAGAACGUGGAACCUCAGGAUGGGCCUGCCAGGCCACAGGCAGGGGACUCUGGAGACGAGAGUGUCAUCUCUAGCCAAAGAUCAGAGGUCGUGGAGGAGCUGGAGCUUCUGAAGUCUGAAGAAUCUGAUAAUGACAGUUCGCACCUCCGAUCAGAUCAUCCACUUAAACUGGACCUGGAGCUGCGACCUCUGUCCCAGCAGCACUCUCUUAAAGAGAGUCUCUCCAGUGAAAAGAGUGAAUCAGGGUUUCUGAGGGACAAGGGUCUUAGCAGGAGUGGUGAAAAGGGGCUUAAAGACUCUGUCGAUGGUGCAGAAGAAAUUAGACCUGGUGAACCACUCACAAAUGAAUUAAAAUCUGCUACCAAGGAGCCCAAGGAACAUCAGUCAUCUGAGAUAAGCUCUUCCAAAAGGGAUGUUUCCUAUACUCCUGAUUUUGACAUUCCUUCACCAGACAAGGAGGCACUGGUGAACCUCAAAGAGGAUUCUGUUCCUUUAGGUGACAGCUACCAUGACGACUUUGAAUCCUCGGUGGAGUUGUCACAUCGGGAGAGUUACAGCAGUUCAAAACCGGCCUCCCCUGCAGCGCUGCAGACAGAGGCGCGACCCAACACCAGGUCACCAGUCUACAGCAGUGAGGAGGAAAUCAGCGAAGUACUAAGCGAAAAAUACAGCUCUGCCAGUGGCAGCUUCCACUCUGAGAAGCUUUUGGAUCUCAAGACUCAUUCUAAGAUUUCCAUAGACAGAGAAGAGCAUGAUAAGGACAAGGAAGAUGCUGUCUGUCCUGGAAAGUCACCUGUAACGUCUCGUCCCCAGUCUCCGCCGUCUCCGACACUGGAUGUGAUGCCUGACUUUAGCAUUGGAGACAGGGUCCUGGUGAGCAACGUGCAACCGGGGACACUCCGAUUCAAAGGAAAGACUAACUUUGCCAAUGGGUUCUGGGCUGGAGUGGAGCUGGACAAGUCUGAAGGUAGCAAUAAUGGCACAUACGAUGGGGUGAUGUACUUUGAAUGUGAGGAAGGGCAUGGCAUCUUUGCCCCACCAGACAAGAUCUCCCGGUUGCCAGAGAAUUUUGAAAUCUACGUUGACACCACAGAAGAUGAGGACUCCUUCUACGAUGAUCAGUCUGAUGGUAACUCCAAGAAGAAGCUUUCAUUAGAGAAGCAGUUGAAGCUGGGCAAUCUUCAGGAUCAAAAAGAGGAAAAAUCUGUGAGAGGUAAUCACUCUGGAGAGAAAGGACCCUCUGAUGUGAGUGAAACCCUAGGUGAACACUCUUCAAAUGAAGCUCCACCAGAAAAAGAUCACUUUUUAAAAUCAACUGUCAAUGUUGAAUUUAAUGACAGUGAAUCCAAAUCAAGUGAGAAACUGAAUGGUGACAAAUACCUAACUCCUAAUGGACGGAGCAGGAACAUUAUCUUGGACUUUGAAGAUGCAACAACCGUCGACUAUGGUCUUCUUAUAACAGAGGUGGGCAGAGUGACUACAAGAGAACAGACAGUGGAGAAGGCCUCCACCCCACUGCUGGACCUCUUAGCCAGGGAGAAGAACAGCCUGGCAGCCCAGCAGAAGUCCUCACUCUCAGAUGUCUCCUCCACCGAGCGAGCUGUUGAGAAGUCUCCUGAUAAGAAGAUGAGUGAGAAGGAAAACGUUGGUGCUUUUGCCGAAAGACUCCUAAACAACUUUGUGCAAGAUGCGGUCACGCAAUUCCAACAAAUCAAAAAAGCCCGGGAUGAGAAGAUACUGGCUUCCAAUCGGACAAAAGAAAACGACACCCAUGAAGAGGAGAACUCUCCUGAAUCCUUGUCCCUCCACCCCACACAGAGGGACAAUCUGCCCAUCUUCACAGAAGAUGAUCAAGAAGAGGUCUCUUCUCCAGAGCUUUGCACCCGCCCGGAGAGCCCUGUGCUGGGGGCGAGUGGUCAGGAGGAGCUGGCCAAGCGUCUGGCAGAGCUGGAGCUAAGCCGGGAGCUGAUGGACGCACUGGGGGACGAACCGGACUGGUUUGACGAGGACUUUGGCCUCAGCUCACGAAAGGAGCAACAGAAACAGAGGAGCCAGCAGCAUAAGGAGGGGGUGUCGCGUCCUGUUUGUGUUGUGGGCGAGGACCAAGUGAAGACACCAGCGAGGCCUGAGCCCCCUCAGCAGGCCAAAGUCACAGAAGAGCCAGUCAUGGUAGUGCCACACACCGCCCCUGAAGUGGAAAAGCUGGUACAUGCCGCUACCCAGGAGAUCUGGAAGUGCUGCAACCUUAGCCAGGGCCUACAGACCCUUUCUGGAGUCCCCAGACCUCUCGCUUCUGAUGACUUCUUGGGCAGCGAUACCCAGGGUCAAGACCAGGAAAGCAUUAGCAAUCGCAGUUACCGAAAGGCUGUGUUUGAUCUGACAUGGGAGAUCAUCCAGGAGAUCUUUUCCGAGGAUCCUAACAUCCAUCAGCCCCAGUGGAUGAAGCCCCGACGCAUGAAUCCUUCCUGUUUCCGCAGAGUCAAAUCCCCUGCAGACAUGUCAAAGAUUCAGGCAUUCAUCACCACAGAGGUGUUAAAACUGUAUGGCCUGAAGAAAGAUCAGAAUCAAAAAACAGACUGGCAGAAGAUGUUGAAAUUCGGGAGAAAGAAGCGAGACAGAGUGGAUCAUAUUCUGGUUCAGGAGCUGCACGAGGAAGAGUCUCAGUGGGUGAACUACGACGAAGACGAGCUCUUUGUGAAGAUGCAGUUGGCUGACGGAAUUUUCGAUGCCUUGGUGAAGGAUACCGCCGACGUCUUGCUCCAGAUUCAGGAAAGGAGAGCGAAAAGAGCCCUUCCUUAAACAAAUGCAGUGAAAAAUAACCCAUCAGCGUGUCCCAUGCACUUCCACACCCGACGUGCCAAUAAUCUCCAAAUGCCUUGAGCAAAAUCACUCUGUCAAACUCUUUUUAGUGUUUCUGUCGCUCCAAAGGGUUAGUAUAUGUUUGUCUUAACUUAAGAGCCUCACCAAGGAUCCUGCAAUCCAGCCUUUCAUUAGUUUGCCUUUCUCAACUCCAGGAGCCCAUGCUUGCAUUCCUUCAUGUGUCUACAGUUAUGUCGUAAUGGAAUGAGCAUUGGACUUGCUUAAAUUGCAUCCAUGCUGCUAAAUGGACCUCCUGAUUGUUUUGGAAAACGCUUCGUUGUGUUUUCUUCAAAUGUCUGUGCGAGUGGAGACGCUAGACAACUGUAGACUCUGGGACUGGAAUGACCCAAAUGAAUUGAUUGUCACUCGUUAAUUGACUUCACAAAAGUGAAAUGGGAGUAUCCAUUUGAUUCGGCUUCUUUUGGAGAAAAAAAAACUGAGCAAAGUUUAAGAUAAUUCCAAUUGGAUACAAAAGCAUGUAAAGGAUUAUUUUCCUGUUCUCAUCAAACUAAUGUAGUAAUCAAGCACAAGUGAAGCAAUGUGAAAAACGAACACUAUGUAAAGGGAUUUUUAUAAUGCCCAGUUACUGGGAAAAUGUGGAGCUGCAAGAGAAAAUGUACACAUUGUACUUUUUACUGUAAAGCAUUUUGGAAUAUUUUAAGUAAAGAUUUGACCUUUUUUCUGUAGAUCAGUUUGUAUGUUAAAGACAAAGCACGUCAGCUGUCAUGUAUUAGAACAAGUUCUUCAAAUACAUAGAACUGUUAUGCUGGAUUCCAACCCUUAGUUUUGCCUUUUAUAUGAUUCAGUUUAAGUGCCUCAUUGGUUAUAGGCUAAUAUGAAUUGUCUGAUCUACAGACGACUGCUCCUAUUCCUGGCCCAAAGUAAUUAUCAUUACUCUACUGUUCAGUUGGGCUUAAAAUACAUGUAUGUACAAUAUUGUGUUUUUACUGGAGGGCAGUGUUCUUAAUUCCCAUAUGGAAAAAGCUUUAUUUUCAGUCUCAGCCUUGUUUAGCAUUUAGUCCAGGCCAAACAGCAGUUUGCCAGUAAAGUGUCACAGCAAGGCUGGCUGCCAACGGAUUCCCUAACUGCCUUGUGAAGUUUGCCAUGGUCCUCCUUUACAUUGCUGUCUCAUAAUACAGAACUUCAGAAGGGUGAUCUAAAGUUGAAUGCAAAUUUCUUUUGUGGUCAGCGCACACUGUAUUGAAAUGUACUGUCAACUUAUCACGUACGCAAUGGCUUUCACAGCUAACAUGGGAGUGAGUCAUAGAUUGAUCAGUGUAUCCUCCCAGACAACAGUUACUCAAGGGCUUGUCCUGGUUUCUUUCACAGCCACUUCUGUUAAUGACAUGAGCAGCUUAGAAGCCCUAGUUUUAUCUGUAGUCAAAAAAUACUGUGAUUAAAUAAUAAUCUGUUCUAACUGCUUCAUAUGUUUGUUAGAGAAACUGAACAGUGAAUGACUCAUUCAUUAGGUUUCGGUCAAUAAGACAAGUGUCCUUAACUAAGAGGGAAGAAACUUUGCAUCAUGUAACACCAUCCUCGUGAUUCAGAUGGCUUUCACUCUGGCAGUAUUAAAAAGAGGAUUUGGUUGACAAGGCUAUUUGUCAAGUGUGUGGAACUCAGCAUAAACGGUAUUUUAUGAAUACUACAUUUAAGACCAAUGUAAGGGUUUAUCUUUUUGGCCUAUUCCGUAUUCUCUAUUGACUCUGGUCAGGAGUGCUGCCAGGGCUAUCACUGUGGGUUUUCAAACGGUUACUAACAACACUUUAUUGUGACUUUUCUAGAAACUGCUGUGGUCUGUGAAGUGAAUGGGGGGUAGAGGUUUGUCAAAUCCUGCUCUGCUUAACUAUGCAUUAUUUGUGGGUCUGAAACGUUCACUUUCUUUGACCUCUACAUUAAUGGAUGGAUGGGAUAAAGGCAACCUACCACCAAAUAUUUUACAGUAGCUCUUGUUGCUCCUUGUGUAAGAACUAACAACUUUAAUGCAGACAGCUGUGAAGUCUUCUGCUCGUGUCAUUGGACACAGACUGGUGUGUUCUAAGACUGCAUUAUUGCAGAGAAAUGAAUAACAGCCACAUGGAACUGUGGCUGCAUGCUAAACCUGAGGGGAAAAGGGUGAGGGUAGUCUUUGUUUUUUUUUAAUAGAUUGUAUAGUUAGGAACAAAUGGUUCGAUAAUCAGUUUCUUCUCUUUGUAAUAUGUAAUUUGGAGUAAUGAUUUGCAAUUCAGAGGAAUAUGACUAUUUAUAAUGAUGACAAUAAUGUACUGUGAGCAUCAAGGGUGCACUUGAAGACUUGUAAAUUGAUAUAUGGGUGUAAAUAUGAGAGCAUUGUCUCCUGUUUGAUCUGACUCACUAAUG